UUUUGUUUCGUUUCACUUCCUUCCUUCUGUUUGCAUUCCACCUUCCACAUCCCAAACACCUUUUUGUGCAUCCUUCCAUAGUUCAGUAUUCCAUCCAUCCGUGAUGGCUCCUACCACCAUCCACGCCCAGUUUGCCUCUGUGCACCUAAUUUUUUUGCGUUUCCCUCUUUUUUCACUUUCUUUGGAGAUUUUUCCCUUAUUGUUACAAUCUUUUAGGACGAAACUUCUCUAUUUAUUUCUUUUUCGUUUUGUUUUUUCCUUUUCUCUUUCUCUUACGCGACGCGUCUCCCCUAUUGCCUGCUUCCUUGCUCCUGACGUUGCCUUGACCUCUUUUCCUCUUUUCACGCAAUUCUUCUUUUUUUUUCUUUCCUUUCCUUUCUUUUAUCUUUUCUUGUUUUUUUUUUAAACUACACACCCUUUCUCUCUUCUCUCUUGUUGUUUAUGCUUCUCUUCCUCUAAGUCUUUUUUUUUAUCCUUUCUUUCUUUCCUUUCUUUUUCUUUUCCUUUGUGUACUCGGUUGGUUUUCCUUGUCGUUUUCUCUUUUUACUUUUUCAUCUUUUACAUCCUCUGUUUCUUUUUUUGGUCUUGCUCCUCUAGACGCUUUUUUUUUUCUAUCUAUCUAUCGCUCUCGCAAACACACACACACACACUCACAUUCUAUAUCUCUCUUUUUUCCAUAUCUGACUAGUCUUUGUCUUACACCGAUUCCCUUUUCUCCGACAUGUCCUCCUCCUCUUCCUCGAAUCGUAGGCCUUGUACCCUUCGGCGAUCCGAACGUUCUAUGAACCUCAAUCAGGAAACUUUCUUUCCUUCCACUACUACUUCUGCAUCCACCAAUGCUUCUCCUUUUUACUCUCCUCAAUCUCCUUCCACCACUUCUUCCUCCACUCCAAAACCCUCUCUUCAUUCUUCUCCUUUUUCCCAUCCUUCUCGUCCCCCUUUUUCCGUAAAACGCUCUUACCUUCCUUCUGCCAAUGUCUCUCCUUUCACUCAAACCGCCGUUCCUUCUAUUCCCAACUCUUCUUCCACCCUCGCUUCUACUUCUCCUUCUCCCCCUUUUACCCUCUCUUCUUCUUACAAGUCUUCCGGAAGCGCCCCAAAACGUACCUACUUUUCCACUUCCCUCACAAAUGGUACUUCCUCUCCUCCACCUUCUUCCCUUCAUUCCUCAUCUGCAAACCUCUCUCCUUCCUCCUCCUCCUUUUUAUCUCCCUAUCGCACUCCCUACACUCCCGCUCAAAAACUUCGCAAAAAGGAUCCUUUUUCUUCCCUCAAACACCAUCCGCCUGAUAUGUUUUCUUCCUCUCAACCUUCUUCCUUCUCCCCUUUUGCUACUUCUUCUCCUCACUUCCUUUCUACCUCCACCCCAGGUCUCCCAGCCGCCAUUCCUCCUCCUCCUCGCUUUCCCUCUCACUCCCACCGCCCUCCCUCUUCCUCUUUCUUUUCCCACUCCUCGCACGCUUUCGAUUCUCCUCAAAAAUCUCCUCAGCGCUUUCCUCUCCAUCAUCCAACCGCAACUCCCUUAGCUGCUCCUUCCCCUUCCUUCCCUCUACCUACUCCCAAGCGUCCAACUCCCCGUUCUUCUUCCUUUUUAUUUGGUAAACCAAAUCCCGCCCCUUCUCCUUUCUCUUCCUCCAUUUCCCGUAAUGAUUCUCCCAUGUUCCACAAUCCCUCUCCCGAACCAGCUCCCCAUGGUGAUACCUCCUCCUCUUUUGCCUCGACUUCUUCCCUUUUCCCUAAUGCAACCCUUCCAAUCCCAAAUACCGGUCAUAAUCUUUUUACCACCCCGUUUCAGCAAGUGAAGCCUUCGUCCCAGGCUUUUCUCAGCACUGGUUUACUUUCUAAACAAAGUAGACCUCGCAAAUCUUUUAAUCUUAACACUCCUUUGCCUCCAAGCACUCCUUCUAAACCUUCCUCUCUUUUCCUUUCCAAUAUUAAUUCAGCGGACUCUCCUCCUUCUCCUUCCACCCCUUCCAACACUAAUUCUUCUUCUUUUUUGCUGCAAGGUCAAAGUACUCCUACCCACCAAAGCUCUUUUUCGUCUGCAAAAUUUACCAAACCCUCUACGGACUUUAUGAGGUUACCUCCUUCGUCUACUGUGAAACAGCACGCAGCUUCUGAAUUCCUUGCCCCGUCAACCCCUACCCGUAACCCUUUUGAUUUCGAAAAUUCCUCAAUGUAUUUGGACGAAUUUCACGACAGCUCUCAUCAACAUCGCAAUAACUCUGAAAUUCUUGCUGAAAUGGAAGAAGAAUCUGCUAUCUUAGGAAAUCCUUCCAAUGUGAAUUCCAACUUGUCGUUUCCUUCCGCUCUUACCUCGAAGUCUCCCGAGUCUCCAGCGGACGAUUUACAUAAUCGCUUUCGAAACAUCACCGUUCUAGGGAGAGGUGAGUUUAGCGAGGUUUUUCAAGUAGAGGAUCCUUUGGAACGGUCCUUAAAGUAUGCUGUAAAAAAACUAAAGGUAAAGUAUAGUGGACCCAAAGAGAGAAGUCGUUUGUUGCACGAGGUUUCUAUUCAGAGAGAUCUUAAAGGACACGAUCACAUUGUUGAAUUGAUUGACUCUUGGGAAUUCAACGGAUAUUUAUUCAUGCAAGUAGAGUUGUGUGAAAAUGGCAGUCUGGAUAGAUUUUUGGAAGAGCAAGGUCAGCUCUCUCGGUUAGAUGAAUUUCGCGUUUGGAAAAUUCUCGUCGAGUUGGCCUUAGGGCUGCAGUAUAUUCACUGCAAAAAUUACGUUCAUUUGGAUUUGAAACCUGCAAAUGUCAUGAUAACGUUUGAAGGAACUUUAAAAAUUGGAGACUUUGGAAUGGCAAGCGUCUGGCCUGUCCCAAGAGGUCUAGAGCGAGAAGGUGAUUGCGAGUAUAUUGCUCCCGAAAUAUUGUCCAAACAUUUAUACGACAAGCCUGCCGAUAUUUUCAGUCUUGGAAUCACUGUCUUUGAGGCGGCUGCUAACAUUGUUUUGCCAGAUAAUGGCCAAUCUUGGCAAAAGCUUCGUUCAGGUGAUCUUUCUGAUGCACCACGGCUAUCUUCGACUGAAACCUCUAGUAAUACCUCCGCUUCUCGUGAUAUACCUAUGAACAGUAUAAUUGGUCAGGGAGGCCUUGAUCGCGUGGUUCAAUGGAUGUUGGCGCCAGAACCAAGGAAUCGUCCUACAAUCGACCAAAUAUUGGCUACACCAGAAGUCAGCUGGGUAGAACUCCGAAGGAAGGCUGGAGCAAUUGUUUAUGAAGGACUACAUGGAUCUUCAGCUUCUCCUCAGGGAGAUCAAAUGAUGGAAGACUGGCAGGUCAACGUAUAGUUUCUUGGUACGAAGAAAAGAUGUUUUAUGCUUAUUUAUUCUUUCAAUGGUUUUAUCAUAUUUUGGUAUUGUAUACAUAUGUAUAUAUACUUUUUGAAGUUCAGGGUCAUAAUGUCCCUAACCUAAUUUAGAAAAUGCACAUUUCUUUUAAUAUGUGCUACUAUUUUUUCCUUCUAUGUCUUUCUAUUUUUUCAAUAUAGAAUGUUUUUGUCUAAUAUGGAGAACGAGUGGCUCAACCAUAGUUUUUUGGCUUUUCAAAUCUUAAAAAUAUUAUUACUAAACAGUCCACUGCUUGAGUUAACUUUGAAGUAAGUUUUAAGUAUUUUACUACUUACAAAGAAAGCAGAAGUUUUGGCGUUUAAUUGGAAUUGGGUGGAUGCUCGGUGAUUUCAUCUAUGAUUGUCUAAAAUAAACUAAAUGGCUUAGCGUAGUCAGUUAAUAUGAUUCCAUUUUCUUUCUUUUUGGCCCUUCUCUUUUCCAUUGGAAUUUUUCUUCUUUUUUUGCUGCUCAGUUGGAUGGGACCGGCUUGUAUACGUGUUUAUUAUUAUCACAUUCGUUUAAAUUUGCUCAGUCCUAAUAGUUUUUUUGGAUUGCUUUAUUCGAUUUUAUUGCUCGACCUAUUAUUUCUUUUAUCUGCUUCUAACUAUCCAAGACGGAUGUUUUCGAAUAUCUCGAUAAUUCUGUUUCUCAACAUUCAUAAUACGUUCCACUCUCCAUCUUUCCUUUCCCAUUUAAUGUUUUAAUUGCUUUUUAUGAUUUUUGCUUGUCUUAUUGGAAUGAUUUUAAUCGUUUUAGCCCAUCCUUGAGUAUAUUGUUGCUUUUAAUUAAUAAAAACUCAACCAUUUGCGGUUGAAUUAACUAUAUUGAAGCUUCAUAUAUUUUAAUAUAUCGCAAUUGCUACCAAAUUGUUCUCACAUCAAUUUUAUUUACCUUACGAAUGAAAAAGUAGAGAAAUCCAAUUCAUAC